CCGUAAAAUAUCAUGUGACAAAUCUAGAGGAGACAUGAUCAUGUGACCAUCCAAAAUGGUAGACGUAAACAUCCCGCUACUGUUUUCGAUACUGUUUGUGCACAUUGCUGUUGUUUCUACUAUCAUUCCGAAAGCAUAUACCAUGCAUGUGAAGCAUAAACACACGAACGUAAGAAUAUUUGAUACGUUUGGAGUGUCAGUGAAGCAGGCGAAAUCAAGCAAAUGUGUGGGUAAAUUUCCUCCAACACUGGCAACAGCGCAUCCGAUAAGUACGUGGUCGGCAACAGUUGGAAAGGCAAACUUAGCUUUUUAUAAAGCCAACUCUAAGCAUUUAGGGUCGAAGACAAGAACAUUGAAUGACGGAGAAAUCAUUGAUUAUAAACCAGGCACCCCAGCGUCGCCUUUUAUCAUCUGGGGACUCUAUGGAAAGGUUGUUUAUCCUAGUCAAACAUUUGCAAAUUCUUCAAUGAUUGUUCACGUAUUCGAUCCACAGUCGGGUUUUCUUGAAUGUAUGUGGACAUCGGACGAAGGAUUGAAGCCCAUAGUCAAUUUCACAGCUUUGAACUCGAUACAUUUUGUUUUUAUCCCCAAAUCAGCUGGGAUACAUGAUGUUUAUGGGGCCAUGUGGAUGAGGGACCGUAUCCUCCAAACAAUGACAAGAGAGGCCAGUAUGAGUAGUACAGACGUCUCAGUUGUGAUGAAGAGGAUCCAUUUUUCUGUUGUUCCACUAGACAAACUUGGCAAUUGGAUCCCAGACGCAUUGAGCCAGUGGCAUUGUGUUGACCAUCUUUGUGGCUACGACCAGGUUGUCGUCCGAUCUGACGCAUCACCAUUUCCUGUUGUCAGUAAGAGAUUGGAUGCCAGAUAUGACUGGUUGCCAAGUCCACAGAGUGUGUUUGGAAACAAGACAGUGUCAUUGGUUAGAGCUGAGACUGGCUGUAACAGUGUGGAGGCUGUCAAUGGAUCCAUAGCUCUUGUUGCUUCGGGAAAAUGUUCCUUUUUCCAAAAGGUUCAAACAAUGCAGAGAUCAGGGGCCAUUGGCGUUGUUGUGUUUGCUAAUAAAACUGAAAGUAUACAGGAGUUGUCCUGCAAUGGUGGUCAGUGUAAUACCCCAUUGUCUAUACCAGCUACAAUGGUGGAGUAUAACAGUGUAUAUACUGGAACUGAGAAGCUUAACAUCAGUUUCCAAAAUACUCCAUCUGAGAAUUUUUUCCUGGCGAUAAACCAGGCAGGGUCACUGGCGGAAGUGGGCUGGUUCCUGUAUCCAUCGAUGGACUUUCUGGUGUGGCAGGCUCAGUGGUUUGAGUACAGAGAUAAGCUGGACAAAAGAUUACACACACCGGCUACCUCAGUCGAAAUCUUCACAGAGCGGGUAAUGCAAGGGAAAGACGGUGUUGUCGCUAACAUCACAUUGCCGGAUUUAACAGAUUUGCAAAAGUUUUCCAAGAUGGAGUUGGACAUGUCCCUCUCAUGUCCAGGUACCAUGGAUACAGACUGUCCUCACUGGGAUCACACCAUCAACCUGUAUGUUUGCUGUGACCCAGGGUCACCGCUCUGCGGUAUGGAGCUGGGACGCUGGAUAAGUGCCUUCAGACGGAGGAUUGGCCGUUGGAUGACAGAUGUGUCCCCACUUCUUCCCCUCCUCACAAGCUCUACUUGUGUGUUUAACAUGAAGACAGAGCCGUGGGCAAUGCCUUGGAAGCCAUCAUUAAAUUUAAGAUUUUCUCAACCUCGGGCAUCAGGUGAACUGUAUCCUGAGAAGGUCACAGUGCUGUAUGAACCUGGAGCCACCUUUGAUAAAACUUACAACUCGCAUUUCAAGCCAUACAUGUUUACAGUACCAGAUGAUAUUAAAAAGGUGGAGAUAUUUGCUGUAAUCACUGGACAUGGCAGUGAUGAAAAUGGAUGUGGAGAAUUUUGUGUGACCUCUCAUCAUUUUAAAGUCAACAGCCACAUAAACAAUAUAACUUUUAGUAAUGCGGGUACUCCUCUUGGAUGUGCAGAUCGAGUGCCGUAUGGAGUGGAGCCAAACGAGCAUGGUACCUGGCUUUAUGGCCGAAAUGGCUGGUGUGAUGGACAGAACGUGUUGCCAUGGGUGAUUGAUGUCACAGACCAGCUCGCGUCACCAGGGACAGAUAACUCUUUGUCUUAUUUUGGAUGGUACAAUGGGACAGACCCCAACCCCAAACACAGCCCUGGAAUCAUCAUCAUGUACUCCUAUUUGGUGUAUUAUAGGGAACUGUAAAUUACUUCAGUGUUUUUGUUAAUGUUUACUUUGAAAUAUUUUUGUAGCACUGAAAGAUCUUUUGAAACAAAUCAUAGAAUUGAAAAUAUGUUAUGAUUAUCACUCAAAAUAAACAUGUCUGUAUUCCUAAGAUAAAUAUAAUUCAAGUAAUUUUUAAAUAUUUCUUUCCUUUAUUUAUUUUUUAUUGUCAAAAUUAUUUUAUUUUAAGUUUGUAUGUGUUUUGUUCUGCAUUUGCAUGUAUCUUUUUUCUGAUUUAAAUUGCAUUUAUUCAACCUUUUAAGUUUUAAGGAUGAAGUUUGUGUUACACUGUCUUGUGUACAAUAUAAGUGAGCACUGUGCUGACUAAGUGAGGUGCAAAGCUAUAAGAUUAUAAUGAAAAUUACCUCCCUUCAUCAGACUAUGCAAAUAUAAUUUUUUCUUAUUAAAUCUCUGAUGCGUUUCAUUGCAAGCAACCAAAUCAUUCAACUCAUAAUAUAUUUACAAUUACACAUUUGUAACAAACAGUAGUUACAUUAACAUACAAAAUAUAA